CGCUCCGUCUCUGUCCGAGGAUGCCUGCGCUGCAGGUGGUGUUGCCCUGGCUCUUGCUCCUGAAUCAGGCAAUCACCGAAACCAGUGUGGUUUUCACACAGGGCCAGGGACUUCCAAGCUCCCCGUCCUGCAGCCCCGGCGAAUACUAUCAAGCGGGCCGCUGCUGCAAGGCCUGCCCAGCCGGCCAGCAUGUUGGUGAGCACUGCAGGAGGCCGCACUCCCGGGGAAAGUGUCUGCCGUGUCUGCCCGGGACCUUUAUGAAGUACCUCAAUAGAGUGGAAGCCUGCGUCAAGUGCUCCACCUGCUCUGAGAAUGAGGAAGUGUUGGAGGAGUGCAUGCCGACCCACGACCAAGUGUGCCAGUGCCCAUCGGGCUAUUUCUACGCCCACGUGGGAUCCUCUGAAAUCUGCAGCCCAUGCAGCACACCCUCUCAAUCACGCUCUGUCAUAACCUGCCGUGAACACGAGGCCCGCGGUCAUCAGCUAGACUCACCACGCUGCAAGUCGGCCUCCACCCUCCUGGGUUCUGCUCCCACCGGCCUGCGCCCUGCUCUGCCCCCAGAUUUGUCUAAGGGCAUCACCCUUCCCAUCACAGCCAAGGAGAAGAUGCCGGGCCAGGCGGGAAGGCUGCCUGUGGGCAAGGCCGUGCCCUGCCCUCAGGUUCUGCGGGCGGGCUGUGUGCAGCGUCCCUGGUGUCCCACCGGGCACGUCGUCGUCCGAAGGUGCAACGCGACCGCGGAUACGGUGUGCCGUCUGCCGGCCCCACAGAGGAGACACCGGUACUUACUGUUUGGAACCUUGGGCUUUGCCUUAGUCGUGAUGUGCCUGAAUUUCUGGGUCAGAAAACGAGCUGGAUUCCCUGACGGAGACGCUGAAUGCGUGGAGAUGGUGACCGUGAUCCCGGGCCGGGAGCGUGCCUCCUCCAUCAGCCCGAGCUCCGUGCAGCUGUCUCAAAACUCAGUAUCCAGCAUGCCGUCAAAUCAGGACGGGAGUGCAGAGUCUUCAGUACCUAUGAGGGGAAAUCUGAACCAGCCCGAGGACAGCGUGGACAUCCCGACUGAGGCCCCUGCCGUCACCAGGGCCCUGCAUAGCCUGGAGGAUGUCCACGGCCCACAGGCUGUGGCAGGCGAAGGAGCCCGGGCCCUGGACUGGUCCCCACAGCCCAACCCCGCUGCCCCCGCUGCACCCGCGGAGACGGCCGAGCUCCCCACGGACCUGGAACAGGCAGGACAGUUAUGAGUCUGGAAGUUAAGAGAGAUGACAACAGCGUCUGUCCCAGAGAGGCUCCUCUCCCAGCGUUCAGUCGGCAGGGAAACCCCUGGGGAGAUCUGCACCCUGAUUUCGGGGGGGACCCUGCGUGCCACGAGGUCCCCUGUGCUGGCCGCACUCACCACUGGUGAGCAGCAGAGCCUGGCCUGGAGGCCGCGUGUGCACCUGGCGUCCCCCACAGUGGGGCUCAGGCAGCGUGGCUCCGCCAGCCCCACGCGGUAUCCUCACUCUGCUGGGACCAGGAGCCGAGGGGCAGGGCUGGGUCCUUGCUGCCGUCAUAAAUGACUGCAAACUGAGAGGCUUAAAACCAGAGUCGCACUGUCUCACAGUCUGGGGGCCAGGAGUCAGGUCAAUAUUCACAGGCCUGGUCCCUCGGAGGCUCCCGGAGAGUCCUUCCUGCCCUCUGCUAGCUUCCAGUGGUCGCUGGCAGCCCUUGGCGGGUAAACCCAUCCCUCCAGUCUCUGCUGUGGUCAUCCCGUGUCCUCCUCCUCCGUGUAUCUGCGCCUGACUCUCCUCUCUUGGGAAUAAGCUGCUGCGGUUUGAAGCCACUCAGUCAAGGGUCACAUGUUCUAGAACCACUCACUGUGACACUGUGCAAGCUCCCCUCCAUCUGCUGGUCCCUGUGGCUUUGUCUGUGGUGUCCUUUCAUGAACGGAAGUCUUGGUAUCAGUGGAAUCAGGUCCAUCAGGUUUGAACCUCACCAGCCGUAGGUUUUACAUCUUGUUUGAGAAGUCCUUCACACACCCCAGUCACAGGUCCAUGACGCUGACCUGUGUCUUCUUACUCAGCUUUCCAGUUUUCUGGUUUUCAUUUGCAUGUUUAAUGCCCACGGACUUCCCUUCUGUGUACGAUAUGAGGUGAGUGUGAAAGUCGCUCAGUCAUGUCUGACUCUUUGUGACCCCAUCGACUGCAUAGUCCAUGGGAUUCUCCAGGCCAGAAUGCUGGAGUGGGUUGCCAUUUCCUUCUCCAGGGGAUCUUCCCAACCCAGGGAUCAAACCCAGGUCUCCUGCACUGCAGGCGAAUUCUUUACCAGCUGAGCCACAAGGGGAGCCCCUACGAUGUGAGGUAGGAAUCCACAUACACACUGGA